AUGGCAGAAAAUAAAUUUAUUAAAAGUAAUUUGGAACAAAAUAUUAAAACCCCACCUUAUAUUUCUUUCGAUAAGCAAAAAUUAACUAUUACUUAUCUCCGCAAUCCUCUUCCCGAGGAACUAAACAAAGGACAUGCUCAAAAUUUAACUUUACAAGAUUUUUUGGUACGUUAUUCUUAUUUAAAAAAACGACCGAUUGGUUGGAUUUCUGGUUUGGACCAUGCCGGAAUUGCUACCCAAAAAAAAAUUGAAUCUUUAAAUCUUCCUAACCCCCAAUUAAAAAGUGUGGUUUCCGAUAUUGAAGUAGAGCAUCAACCUACCAAAAGCAAACUCUAUUAUUUAAAAUAUCCUUUAUUAAAUAGUAAUGAUUAUCUGCUAGUGGCUACUAGUCGUCCCGAAACGGUUUUUACUGAUGUGGCCUUAUUUGUUAAUCCAAACGACCAAAGAUAUCAAAAAUAUAUCGGACAACAAGUUCAGCAUCUAAUAACCAAAAAACCAAUUCCUAUUUUGACCGAUGAAAGCAUAAUUAUGGAUUUUGGCACCGGCGUUUUAAAAUGUACUCCCGGCCAUGAUUUUUUUGAUUAUCAAUUAGGAAAAAAAUAUAAUUUGCCUUUAAUUAGUUGCUAUAAUGAAAAAGGAGUUUUCAAUAAUUUAACUGGCAAAUGA